AUGGCUGAUAGUGACGAUGAGGGAAGUCUCCCCUCCCCUUCAAAUUCUCAAGAAGACCUGGCCAAGGCUGGGCCGAGGAUUGUUACCAUCACGAAGACAGAGACAGGUUUUGGUUUUAACGUUAGAGGACAGAUCAGUGAGGGUGGACAGCUCAAGUCAAUAGCAGGGGUUCUGUACGCUCCGCUCCAACAUGUCAGUGCAGUUUUGGAAGGUGGAGCAGCCGAAAAAGCUGGGAUCAGAAAGGGUGACAGGAUCCUGGAGGUCAAUAGUAAGAAUGUGGAAGGCGCAACACACAAGCAGGUGGUGGAUUGCAUUCGUUCUGGUGGGGAUACACUCACACUGACCGUGAUAUCCGUGAUGGAGAAGGAAGCGGUCAAGCUGGACCCGAGUGAUGGAGAAUCUUCCGGACUGUCCAUCCCUGAUUACUCAGAACGGAGAUCUCUCCCCAUUUCCAUCCCGGAUUAUCAGACCAUCGGACAGACGGAGAAGUUUGUCGUUUUCAAUAUAUACAUGGCUGGCCGCCACCUCUGCUCUCGGCGGUACCGCGAGUUCAACACACUGCACAAUAACCUGAAGCAACAGUUCCUGGACUUCAGUUUCCCCAAGCUGCCCGGAAAGAAGCUUUUUCAGCUGUCGGAACAACAGCUGGAUCAGAGGAGGCGCGGUUUGGAGCAGUAUCUGGAGAAAGUGUGUGCAGUCCGCGUUCUUGGUGAAAGUGAUAUUGUACAGGAGUUCCUGUCAGCAGAUGGUGAAAUGAAUGGGAGCACAGAGGUGGAGUUGAAGGUGUUGUUACCGGACAGAACGAUAUGCACCGUGUCCAUCUACAGAACGGACAACACGGACGACAUUUACCAGGCUGUUGUCAAUAAGUUGAAUAUGGGUGAUAAUGUGGCAUCCUGUUUUUACCUCUUUGAAACGGUUGAAUAUAAUUUCGAAAGGAGAUUACAGCCACAUGAACUUCCACACAACAUCUACAUCCAGAACUACAGCACUGCGACGGCGACGUGCAUCUUGCUGAAGAAGUGGCUCUUCUCGCUGUCCAGAGAGAUGAUGCUCAACUCGGACGAACGCGCCGUCACCUUCCUCUACUGGCAGGCCAUUGAUGAGGUGAGCCGAGGUCACAUCAAAACCGGAGACAAGCUCUAUGAGCUGAAAGCUCUUCGGGAUGCAACAAAAGCAUUGGAGUAUUUAAAAAUAGUACGGCAUUUAGAUGGGUAUGGAGAAAUAACGUUUCCACACUGUCCGUGCGACUCGAGAAAGGACGGCCAUGUGAUAGCAAUUGUGGGGAUCGAGUGUUUUAAACUGCAGGCAUGCAAGGAUGACGGUACACCCGAGUCUCAAGUAAUAGAAUUUUCUUGGAAAGAUGUUCAGUCAUUUGAGGUGGAUGAAGAAGGAAUGUCAUUCAACUUUGAAUAUAACAGACAAGGAAAGAAGCCGCGAAUUGUUAAAAUACAAACACAAUAUUAUCAUUUUAUGUGUGAUUGCUUUGAAAAAGUAUCAGAAGAAUUAGAAUGGGAUAAAUAACAGUAGCCAAAGAAUUUGUGUGGUGUGGCAGUAAGAGAUACAAUCAAACUAUGUACCAGAGAUCUGAGUUGAGCCAUUGGAUAAUCGCAUGCAACCAGUAAUCAACCUCUAACACACGCUUGACUAUCUGGGGCCCACUGACACUUGCAUGAAUUUGCUUUUGGUAAAUAACAUUAUGCUGAAAAUAAUAUUCAUUGCAGCACAUACUGCAUACCAAGGAAAUAUAUGCGAAAGUAAAUAUAUAUAUUUUGCAUAUAUUUUGGGAAAUAGCAUUUUACUAAAAGCUGUGAUUUCCUUUUGUCAGAUAAAAUGAAAAGGUUUGCCGAGGUGACUAGUUUUCAUCAAAAAUAGCAUUCAUCGAAAACUAUUUUAUCGUACAAAAUUCUGAAUGUAACAAAAAUAUAUGCUAAUAAAAGUUAGCAUGAUGCUGAAAAUAGCUUUAUUUGAUUGCAUCGUCUGCUUCAGAAAUGUAUGCUGAAAUUAUCGUAUUCAGUAAGACAUGCGAUCGAAUCAUACUGUGAGAACCACUCAAUUUGAAUGACGUAUACAUUAUUUAGAUUUUUGUAGGGCCAACAACACGCAUGCAACAAGUUCAUGUGACUAAUCACAUUGUGAGAACACCCCUUAAUUAAAAUGUGCUACAGUGUGGUGGACUUUAAAUUCUAUCACAUCACUCUGAUGUAAUUAAGGAUUGAAAAAGACCAGUUAAAGCCCAGCCAUUCCAAGAGUUUAUAACUAGAUUCCAUGUGUUUCGCAGGGAUCAGAUCCUUUACUAAGCUGUCGUGUGAUAUUUACAAAUGGCAGAUUAAAAACGUGUUUUCAAAAUCUUGAUUAGCAAUAUUUGUAGUCGGUUAAAAAUUGAUUAGCAAGUAUUGUUUAAUGUUUUAAAAUUGUGGUGUGAAUCGCGAUGUAAUACUGAACAAAAUGAUCCCUGCAAAUAUACCACAAUGAAAUAUGUUGAGCUAUCGCUGGUCGCAAAUGUACCAUAAAGCAUGUUUCUGAGAAUUGAAAAUUUACUACAUGGGUUACAGACCAAAACACAUUCAAGUAAUUGAUUUGAUUGUGCGUAACCUAUUACAACCAAGUGAACCUUGUCUCCUAAAACAUUUCUGAAUAUAAUGGGCCAACAAUAAAUAGGUAAUGGAUAAUGACACAUGCGUUAGGAGUGCACAAAGAAAAUGAUCAUUAUCACUAAAGUUUGAGGCCUGUAAUGUAUAUAAAGAAUAUCCUGCAGCAAGCUACAUGGCGGUAUUGUUUAUUUUGAACUUGUCAAUUGACAUUUUUCACUCGCACAGAUUGGGAAAGGAUAUCAAUUAAUUGACAAGUGCAAGAUAAACAUUAUUGCCAUAUAGCGAGUUGGUUGUCAUAUUUAUUACCCAUUGUCAUUCAGAUUUCAUGGAAAAUGUGAUGGUUGUCAGAGAAGGAAACUAUUGUUAUGCUUCAUAUGACACAGCUCUAAAAUAUCAAAUAUAAUAUCAUACAGAAUUAUCUUUCCUUAGAAAAAAUGAUCAAAAUAUUGUCUUGCAUUUCUACCUGUGUGGGCGUUAUUUAGUCCAGACUACGAAAACAGCCAUAGUGUCUUAUGGUGUAUUCUGUAUUAGAUUUAAUGUUAUAUUUCACAUUUACUUUCUCUAUUGUUAAUUAUAUUAACUAUCAUUAAUAAUAUUGACAUGCAAGGAAACACUAACAUGAUUUUAAGAAAUUUGUUUCUUAAAUUGUGUAUAUACAUGUAUUCUUUUGAAACUAGUUUUAUAUUUGAACAAAGCACAACUUCAUUUUCAGUGUAGUUUUAAAGGAACUGGAUAGGAAUAAUUUUAAAUAUUAAAACCAAGCAGUGUUUUAUUUAUGACUGUUAUUAUCAGUACCUCUAACUCCAAUAAGCUUCAAACUCUGUGAGGUUUGUUGUCUUGUACACGACUUGCACAAUCGAUAUAAGAUUUUUGUAUCAUCUGUCGAUCAUUUGGAAAGUUUACCUUCACAGUUCAGAAGCAUUUUCAUUAACAAUAAAGUUCAAAUAAGUAAGUAUAUGGACAUAAUAGACAACUUACAAACAAACCAUUAACUUUACCAAAUCAUUUUUGUUUAUUAUGUCUGUUAUUUAUGUUAAAAAGAAAAUAUUUGUUUUAAGUUGAUAUAAUUUUAAUUCUACUGGCAGUUGUAUAAUUUAUUAUUUGUUUUUUCGCUUAAAGUUGCUAACCCUCAAAGUUGCUAUUAACCAAAGAAUUAUUUCUGUACAUACGUCUCAUUCAAAGUCUCUGUUCUGAAAAUAUGCUAUAUUCUGUACCAACUGAUAUUAUUUCUAUCAACUCAAUCCUUAUCAAAAAUGAGUAUCUUUGACAUUAAGUUUCAGCAUUAUAAAUUACUUUUGGAGAGGGUGAGGGCAACUUCCAUAUGCAGUCAAUGUUACUUUGUGUAUUUUAUAUCACUAGACAUCAUUAUGUGAAAAUAAUCAUAUACUAACACAAAAACAUUUAGCAAUUUUGUAUGAUUAACAUUGUACUUUAAUAUACAAGCUACAUUCAAUGACGUGACAUUUACACUUUUUAUUUUGUAUUGAAAAUAUGUUACUCAUACUGACACAUGAUGCAUCAAUUAAAUCUUUGAAAGUCACAGGAUGUCUGGUUUUUUAAAGCACAUUUACCAAAUUGAUAAACUCUUUUGUCUUAGUAUAAUAUUAUUUUCACUUAAUAUUGAUGCAACUUCUGUAUCACUUGCAGUUGUCUCAUUUCUUUCAAACAGCAUAAAUAAUGGAACAUGUUUUGAUCCAUUGAAUCUGUUUUGUGAUGAAUCAGUAUACAUACAAUUUAUUCUUGUGAUACAGAAUUUACCUUAUAUUGAAUCAGCAUGGCAUAUGUUUGUAUGAGCAGUUCGUGUUUGUGAACAAAAAAAAUAUAGAAAUGAUUCGUAUAUGCAGUCUAUUUUAUGACGAAUCAGUAUUGUGUUUAUCAGCAGUUUGUAUACAUGUACCACCAUACUGAAUUGAGUUGUAUUAUGUGGAAUCUGUAUGGACAUGAAUCUAUAUGAUAUCAUAUGUAUAUAUUAGCAGUGUUCUUACAUAUGUCACAAUAUGGAACUGAUUCAUUGGAGUUGAAAUCUGUAUUAUAAUGGCUUGAUUUGUAUGAUAAAACAGGGCUUCUAGAAUUUUUAUAAAAUCCACUAGCCAUGGGAUCAGUGAUUUUUAAAAUUUACUAGCCACAAUUUAAAAUUCACUAGCCCUACUUUACUUUAAGUUAAUACAAUUUUACUAAGUAAUAGUAAUAGUUGGAUAUGUCACCAAAGAGUGAGAUACAUCUUAAAAACACUAACAGUGGGGGUUGGGUUGGGGUAGGAUAUUCAUAUUUACAAAAUAAACUUAACAGAAAUAUUUGACAAUUUGUUUUCACUAGCCAUGGGGCAUGGCAGUAGUAGUUAUUUACUAGCCCAACAUUGAAUAUUACUAGGCAUUGGCAGUGAGGCUACCAUAAUCUAGAAGCCCUGGAUAAUAAAGGAAUAAUGGAUAGGUGAAAUGAGUAUUACAAAUCUUUAUGCUGUGUAUACGUACUAACGUGGAAUUGAUUCAAGUUACAGUAAAACACUAUUACGACUUAACAGUGUGGGGUGUAUUAGCAGUCUGUAUACAGGUACUACGUGUGAUAUAUCACAGGGCUAGCUCUGGGUGAGCAAAACAUUUCGCCACAUUACAUUAAAUGUGAAUUAUUAAACAAAAAUUCCAAAUUAAAGUAAACAUUUGCCAAUUCUUACUAAAAUUUGCAAUUGUCGAAUUUGGCGAGUGUCAGAGCUAGCUGUAUAUAUAAGAUGCUGAUGUAUGAUUAUCACCCAACAGAACCCAUUCAUAUAACUAGAAUCUGCAUAUUGAUAACUUUUAAAUGUACAAUGUACAUAACCAGAAUAUCUUAAAUUAUGUUAAUGAUAUCUCUGUUCAACAAGCAGAUGAUCUGUUAGCAUUUCAUGUCGUAACAUUAUUCAGUAUACAUGAGAUUUUUAAUAUUUUUAACUUUGGUUGUGCAUGAACUCACGCCAACCUAAUGUUUUAUAGCACAUCUUUUUAUCCCUAUCUUAACAACAAACAACAUGCAUGUGCAAUGAAAUUUGAAGCAAUUCACAGAUGUCACUGGUUACCAUGGGCAGAAGAAUCCUUGAUUAUUACAGCACAUUUUAACCUUUAUUGAAAGGUCACUGUUCAAGGUGUGUGUAUUGUGUAGGUUAUUGGGUGUUUAUAAUAGACAAAUUGAUGUGAUACAGUCUGAUUUUUAAACUUGAGGGCCCAGUUGUUCAAAGCAUGGUUACGCUAAAAAUGGAUUAGACUUAAAUAUUUUCCUUCCAAAUAUCAUUGCUUGAAUACAACUUUGAUUUGAUUACUGUAUUUUCCUUCACUUGUCACACUGCUUAUAUUCAGUUAAUGUUCGAGCAUGCUGUGUUUGGCAGGACGGAUGUUUCCAUCGUGUAAAGAAACCUUACUCUGGCUUGUACAGGUACUGGGAUUUGAACCCUAUACCCCUAAAACCAGUUGAUGUGACACUAUGGCAGUGAAGACUAUUGAUUUGACACUAUGACAGUGAAGCCUGUUGAUUUGACACUAUGACAGUGAAGACUAUUGAUUUGACACUAUGACAGUGAAGAUUGUUGAUUUGACAUUAUAACAGUGAAGACGGUUGAUUUGACACUAUAACAGUGAAGACUUUAUUUGACACUAUAACAGUGAAGACGGUUGAUUUGACACUAUAACAGUGAAGACUGUUGAUUUGACACUAUGGCUGUGAAGCCUAUUGAUUUGACACUAUAACAGUGAAAGACUGUUGAUUUGACACUAUAACAGUGAAGACUGUUGAUUUGACACUAUGGCAGUGAAACCAGUUGAUUUGAUCCAGUGCCACUAAGGUCAGUUGCUCUGACCUAGAGAUGGUGUGGUUGACCUGGCUUUGUCUCUGAAGCGAGUUCAUCUGACACUAUGCCACUGUAGUCAAUUGGCUAAACUGAAGUGGGUUCAUCUGACCCUAUGCCAUUGAAGUUGGUUGACCUGGCUUUGUCUCUGAAGCCGGUUCAUUUGUCCUGACCUCAUGUCUCUGAAGCCAGAUGGCUUGAUACCUUGUGUUAUAUUCUAAAUCAGUUCUUAACACAUCUCUUGGAUUACUACAUGUACUGAUUUAAUAUUUGAACAACUGACCCCAGUAGUAUGCUGUUGAAAUAUUGUGUUAAAAAUGGCGGAUCUCAUAUGACAAUAGCUGUGACAACAUUGUGUAUACAUACGUAUGUAUAUAACUGAACUGUCUGUGUAUAUAAGAUAGCAUCGGUUACAUAAUUAAUAGACUUAAAUAUUACUUUGUAAAUUAUGAUACUCCAAAAUAUGUGAUUGUUUUUUUUUCUAACCUGGUUGUCUCCCUUGUAAGAAAUCUUUUGCAGGUUGUUCUUGUUUACCCUGUGCAAUGGAAGUAUUAUAAAUGUUUGUUGUGCA